GAUUCACUGUCUGUAUCUUCACCUUCACUCCCCCUUUCUUUUUGUUAUACAAUCCCACAGCUCCGGAAAUAUACAGCCUCAUUCCCCAGCUCACCCACAUCACAUCCUAUCUAUUUUCAUGUUCACAGCUUAUUAUAGUUCAUCUGUCUGGUUUUGCAUAUCCAGUUUGGGUUCUAUUUCUUCUGCAAAUUUUACUAUCAGGUUCCGGUUAUCCUGCGUCUGGAUUCAUCUGCUCGUCGCAAACUAGAAUCACUUGGGUUCAGUCCUCCAUUGGUUGACUUUGAUUACUGCUGCGAAAGUUGUUAUACAAUGGACACUGGUUUGAAAUGGCAGCAGAAGACUCUGGUCAAUGAGCUUACUCAAGGGAUGGAGCUGGCAAAGCAGUUGAAGAUCCAUUUGAGUCCAUCUUCAAUGAGCCAGACCCAAGAAUUCUUGGUACAUAAGAUAGUAGCAUCAUUUGAGAAGGCUCUUUUGAUAGUCAAAUGGAGUGGGCCAGUGGAAAACCCUCAGCCAAUGGCACCUUCAUCUGCUCCCCAGUCUCCCCUUUCUGUCAAUGGAAGUCCCCGGACUGUGAGCGAGGAUUUUGACAAGGGUUGUAAGGAUCAUCAUCAGGAACACAAAGAUUUCUCAAAGAAGAGAAAGACAUCGCCCACAUGGACCGAUCAAGUGAGAGUCUGCUCUGAGACCGGGCUUGAAGGGCCCCAUGAUGAUGGCUACAACUGGAGAAAAUAUGGGCAGAAGGACAUUCUUGGAGCUAAAUACCCCAGAAGCUACUACAGAUGCACCUACAGAAACCUCCACGACUGUUGGGCAACAAAGCAAGUUCAGCGUUCGGAUGAAGAUCCCUCCAUGUUCGAGAUCACAUACCGAGGAAAGCAUACUUGCACCCAAGGCAGUCAUUCAGUGCCAGCACCAGCAUCACCUGAAAAGCAAGAGAUAAAACAGAACAACCAUAACGACAAUAACCAUCAGCAACAGCAUUACAUAGAGAACCCCUUGAACUAUUCCUCCAUGGCUUCAACAUCUUAUGGAUGCAUGAAGAGUGAAACCGGCCUGUUCCCACAGCCUUCAGCUUUCAACAAGGACAACUAUGACAACCUCUUGGGCUGUUAUUCUCCCACAUUUAUAUCCCCGGCGACGUCCGAUUCAAACUGCUUCUCACUGUCUCCAUGCCAGAUGAGCAACUUUGGAGGGCCUCCUAAUCUUCAACAUUCAGAAUCUGAGCUCACUGAAAUUAUCUCAGCAGCCAAAUCUCCAAUUCUGAACUUGGAGUUUCCCCUUGAUCAAGUGGACUUUGAUCCCGGUUUCCCAUUUGAUACCCCAGGAUUUUUCUCCUAGCUCCAAUUCAGACGCUAGCUAUGAGAAUUCAUUGGGCUUGCAGUUUUCACAUAGCUUUUCCUAGAUAGCGUGAGAAGUUACAUAAGAGCCUCUUCCAGUGCUGGCCAUGGAUUAGUGAUGAUAUCAUUAACAAAAUUUCCUGUCUUCUAACUAUAGUUGUAAAUUUUUUAAUUCAGCAAAUUCUCUAUUAAAAUUUGUUUGCAUGA